CCUGACAAGUGCUGCAACUUGCAAGUGAAUCACGGUCUUGCAGACUACAAAUUUGCUCAGCAAAUCGAGUGUCUUAUCAACCGUUAUUUGAUUUUAUCAUUUUCUGCACUCUACGGUGUAACACUGUAACCGUAUAAGUCCGUGUUCAAUGCAGUAAGUUUGUUCAUUCAGUAGUUAGUUAUUAAAACUGUCUUGGACUGGAUUCUCUACCCAGACCAGUCGAUCCUGUUUUCCGCGCGGAGGUAGACACAUAAUGUCUAUGCCCUAUGGAGACGAAAGUGUAAAUCCAGUUAUCAGCAGCUUGUAACUAUUCUCCCCUGUUAUUACUGCGCACAACUGAGCGAUGUUUGCGUACGCCAACGAGACACGUUAUGCCCAACGGUGGAACGCUGUGGACGUCCUCGUCGACGGCGGCGAGCUGGUGCACGGCGAAGUGAUCAACAUGGUGCAGGGCGGUCUGAUCAUCGAUUUCCAGUGUGCAGAGCACCGCGCACAGUUCGUCGAAUACGGUAGCAUUUUCCACUGCGACAAGAAUUUCAAGCGCGACGGAGAGGACGCCGAAAUCCUGUUGCGGCGCCAUCCCGACGGCGCGUGGAUAUGGUAUCCGGGACGGUUCUUGGAAUAUCCGCUGCGACACAGCUAUCGUGAUGCUGAAUUCGUGGAGGUACAGCGACCGCAGGGCAUCACCAUCCGCGAGCUGGUUCCCUUGGAGCAGGUACGUGCACCGUCCUCGAAGGCCGAUCUGGAGGAGCGGCGCGUGGGGGAUCAGCACUUCGUCGUCCGCUGUUAUCCGUGGUCCGCUGAAGAUUUUGCUGACGGGGACCUGCGGUGGCGGGAAACCUUUCUGUACGUGAUGCAGCGUGAAUGCCACGUGAUAUGCACGUCCGUUUGCAGCCAGAGGCUCAUCAGAUUCUAUCUGGAGCUUCAGAAGGAUCAACCCUUGGACGCUCAACGAGUGAAAGGAGUCUACUAUGAGACGAAAAAAUUGGAGAGGGAAGACAGCUUACUUGGGACAUGGCAAUGGAUCGUGCGGCAUGUCACGGUUGGCGCCUUCAACGCGAAAACACAGACCCCUGACCGCGAUGGUGUAGUCGGACUGUCGUUGCCCCCGGAGUUGCUUGUGGAGAUCUUCCAGUCGCUGGACUCCAUCGAGCGCAUCCGCUGCCGGCGUGUUUGUUCACUGUGGAACAUUCUGCUCAGCACGCCAGCUUACUUUCGCGAUGUGCGCGUCUCAGGGAACGUUACGCAUUAUGGGAAGAAGCUGCAUUUCUAUAUGGAGCACAUAAAUCGCAUUUACUGGAUCGUGGCAUGCUUCGUGAAAUUCGUGAACAGCAGCACGCAGAGAAUUGUUCUGGCCGACCUGGACGCUAUCCAGUGCACCGAGGUGACUGGACUGAUAAAAAAAUUGGCCAAGACCACUCCCAUACCGCCACUGAUUUUCUACGGGUGCAGUUUCGGUUAUGCAAAGUUUCUGAUCCAGGACAUCAUCACCGGCGUGGCGCGUAUUCUGGCGCGGUUGUCGAAAUGCGGCGGUGUGGUGUGGAGAAAGUGCAGCCUGCACGAUCAUAACGUGCGAUCCGCUAUAGCACACCAUGCCUUUGGCGACCUCGCGUCGAAGCCGCAGCUGAGGUUGUUGUUGUGGGAACUUUUCGAAAAUAAUCUGGUCCUUACGAAGCCGAUUGAUCGGGCAGCCUUAGCGGAAUGGAUUGCCGAAUGCAUCGCGCAGCAGCGCACCAAGGAGCUCGAAGACCAAAUUGUGAAGGGCCUGCAUCGUUACCAGAGCGUAGAUCUGCGUUCAGCUGCGCACUACCGCAAUCGGAACUGGACAGCAUCCACAGUCUCCCAACUGGACGUUAACCUGCUGACCACGCUGACGGUUGCGGCCCUGAGCGAAGGCGUUGAUCCGAUUCCGGACUGGAGACUGCGGGCAGUUGGUGGCGGUUGCCCGUAUUCGACUCAAUUUGAUAUCGACCAUUUAGGUUUUUGUUAUCAUUAAAAAUACAGCAGAUCAAUACUGCACGAUGCGCAUCUUCCAGGCAGGCCAUUUUAAUCAGCUUGUACUCUGUAUACAAAAACAAAUGAACGGAACUGGUAGAUUUCACAUGGUUUAAAUGUCGAUUACGUUUCAUUGUGCGGCCACCUUUG